CUUCAACGUCUCCAGCUGCUGCCUGCGUUCUGUUCCCUAAUUAUCAGGAAAACUCUUUGUUGGAUCUGAAAAUAUUACGCAGUCAUCAAGAAUUUAGUUUGGGUUCUGGAGAUGGACACUCCAAUGGCGAAUACCGACCAUGAAUCUCCUACCUUGGAGUCCAUUCCGACCGAAGUGCUUCUCCAUAUCACCUCUUAUCUCACUACUCCCGAGUAUGGCGCACUCCGUCUUACGAGCAAGCUCAUCGAAGAUUCCAUUCACACAUCAUUCGCUCGAGAAUUCUUCGCCAAGAAAAAGUUCAUGAUCAGCGAAUUCAGUUUGCAAGCCCUCCUUGACAUCUCACAGUCUAGAUUCGCCAAAUCUUUGAAGCAUGUCAUCUUCGGUCUGGAGCGACUGGAUUUUACGGCAGCACUCCGCCAAAUGACCAUUUUACGCCCUGGAUUGGAGCUUCGAAAAAACAACAUCUUGCGGCAACAACUCGACAACAUUGCCAUGUUGAACACCAGCCAAGAUGUCGAAAUGCUUGCCGAGGUUUUCUCCAAUUUGACCAACCUUGAGACUGUUGGAAUGCGUGACUUCAAUUCUCGGUCUCGGACUCGAGAUCAUCCCGAAAUAGAAUGGAGAAGUUAUGGUGUUUCUACGUUUCUCCUCGAAACCGGGAUUGCACUGGAAAGAACAGCAUAUUCAACCGGUCACUUAGGCAUGAACGAACGAGACCUACACAUCAGUCGCACUUUUCUCAGUCUACUUCGCGCCUUGGGCAAAAGCAACUCUCAAGCCAAGAACUUUGAAGUAAUAUUACGAAAUUGCACUCUCCAAGAUCAUGCAUUCAACAUUCCGAAGCAUCUUGAACGGGCCAUUGAGCCCGUGUUGGGCAAGCUUCGCACUUUGUUCCUGGAUAUAUCCGUCGGAUUCUUCCCGUUAUACGUGAACGAAGGCAACAAGUUAUCCAAAUGCCCUGCAUACCUCUUGAGAAAAUUUCUCUCGAAGGUUCCUCACCUCGAGCAUCUGCGCCUCAACGUUAAAGAUCGCGAAUCUGACCAGGGCGGCGAGCUUUUGUCAUGGUUUUCCAAGCCAAAUACUUCUGUCAGUUCCAACGGCACUUUCGCAGGCUCCAACCUCGAGCCACCGCCACCUGUCGACCUUCGAAAUCUUCAACAAUUAGACAUUGGCAUGUUAUCAGUGUCUCCCAAAGUCCUGUUGGCCAUCUUUCAGAAGUUUCAAGCUACCCUACAUACAGUCAGCUUGCACAAAGUUAAGAUGUUGGAGCACGACCAGGAAAAGUUGGCAGAAAAGGUCAACCUUUGGGCUGAGUUCUUUGGCCGACUCUCCGAGUACAAACUCAAGCUAUCUGCCAUAAAUCUGUCAUUGCUUUCACAAGAAUUGACGGAUCUGGAGUAUCUGGACCCGCAACGAAUUACUUUCAACAAUACUUCGGAUCCACAAGUGAAGAGGUGGGCUGGAGCAGAUCUUCAGGGCGGCUUAAGGGACUUCCAAAACGACAUGGUGGUUAAAUGGACACCCCCUCGUAGACCCAUCGAUGAAGAUGUUGGUUCCUCUGAUGGUUCUGACAGUGGCGAGAGCGAUUAGAUCCCCCGUAUGCGAACGAUUCGAGGGAGUUCCGGGUAGCAUGUAAUGAUAUCCUUUGCUGUAUUUGCGUUGCCGUAGCACUAGCCAG